AUGGCGGAUCGGAUGACGCAGCUGCAGGAUGCGGUGAAUUCGCUGGCGGAUCAGUUCUGUAAUGCCAUCGGGGUGCUGCAGCAGUGCGGCCCGCCCGCCUCCUUCAGCAACAUCCAGACGGCUAUCAACAAGGAUCAGCCCGCGAACCCCACGGAAG